GGGAACACAGAGUUCACUGAUCAGACUUCUCUGAACUUGACUUCUCCACAAAUAUUAAGGCAACCAGGACGAUGCAGCAGAUGGAGGUAGCGGAUUAUGUUAAUGAGAGACCAAGACGUGAGCAGAAACGCAGUGGGGAUGGAUAUCCAACAGGGAGAAGACUCUGUCAGCUGCUUUUCCUCGGCUUUGGCGUGCUGUGCAUUGUACAAGCCAUUCUCAAUGUUUCUCUACGCCUUACAGUGUCAUCGAGCAAGGAAUCAACCCACUCGGACUGCAACACAACUCAUUUUUGUGUCCAGAACAAUACAAAGAUGGUGCCAAAGGAUUGUGAGGGAAAGAGGCCUGACCACUGCAACAGAUUGCAAGAGAGGUUCAACGCCUUGACUGCAGAGAAAAACGAGCUUCAGAACAGAAACAAUGACCUCACCAACAGGUUGAGGAACGUGGAGGAGGAGAGAGACAGGCUGAAACAGAGGCUGGGGGUGCCGAGUGGUUGUGUGUCCUCUCAGCAGUGUCCUGCAGAUUGGAGUGAGAUUAACUCCAGUUGUUAUUUCCUCUCCACUGAGGAGAGGACUUGGGAGGACAGCAGGAAAUACUGUCAGAGUAAAGAUGCUGACCUGGUGGUGAUCAACAGCGAACAGGAGCAGAGGGCCUUGUACCGUCUGGAUGGGGAUGCUGACCUCUUGUUCUGGAUCGGUCUUAGUGACACAAAAGGGACCAACAGGUGGACAUGGGUGGAUGGAUCUGAGCUGACCAAAUCGUUUUGGCAGUCUGGACAGCCGGAUCUCAGUCCCACCAAGGUAGAGGACUGUGUGGAGAUGUAUCACCUCAACCCAGUCCAGGCCAACUGGAAUGACGCCCCCUGUCGAGUCCAGCGGCGCUGGCUGUGUGAGAGAGAGCUGUGUCCACGUGUGCGUAAUGUGUCCGUGGUUGAGCAGGAUAAAAAGAGAGAAAGAAAUCUAGAGCUAGAGAGAGAGGCUGAGAGAGAGAUGCUCCCAGAGAUGCAAUAAACUGGGCGACACCACUGCUCAGGAGCGUAUUAUUAUGUGUUUGUUCAUGCACGUGCAAAUGACUUAAUGUGCUUUUGCAUGCAGCAGAGCUAAGAUGUUCACAUUUGAAACCAUUCUGAAUAAAAACUGAUUGUCACAAUAAUAGAAAAAAUCAUCAGUGACAAACUGAAAUAUGGAAAUAUAAGCAAAUUUAAUUUAGAACUGAAGGCAACUAUGAAUUUGAUGUAUUUUAAACAAACUGUUAGCCAAUUUGUGCAGGUUGGCAAUACUUUUGGAGACUAUGGUAGUAUGCUUUGUGACGUACUUUGUAUUGCAUCAAGAUAUUUUGUGGCACUUUAUGUGCUAAAUCAUAUGUAUGUCAUACAUUGUUGCAAUGGUGUAGUGGUAGUCGAUGAGGUGGGUGUACUAUUAGGUAGAUGGAUGGAUGGGAUCAAAAUUAAUUACCAUAGACGUAGUAUUGUGCUUCCUCAUGUGUAUAAGGCUUCAUGGUACCUGAAGUUAACUGUGUCCUGGGAGUUUUCAUUUGUGUAUGAGAAGCUUGCUUUGUAGCUGUUCUCAUGACAUGUAUCAGUUAACUAGAGGCCUCCCUUUGCCUCCCUUUUCUGUGCACUUCUAAGUUUUAAUUAUAUUAUGUGACUGAAUCUGUGAUUCUUAGUCAGACCUACAGAGGACACUCCAGGGGCUCUAGUUUCCCGGGCGCGGCACAGGGUGGCGCAGGGUGGUGAACCCCGCGCAGAGCUAGUUUCGAGCAGCGCAACCCGAGACGCGCUCAGUUUGGUAGUUUGGCAGACCGAGGUGCACUGAGAUCGGUGUGGCGGCGCAGCAGGGGGAGGUGUCGACAGAUCCAGCUUGGUGCAGUGACAGUUUCGUGCCAAAAGGCUUCGCUGAAGGUGCGCUAAAAGCUCGCCAGCUGAAACCACGUCUACUGUCAGCACAGGGGGAGCGCAGCCGGUGUAAGCCGAAGUUUGGCUGAUGGGCGGACAGUGCGCACACGUCACCAAAACCUCACAGGCAGGUUUCCAGAAUAUCAGGCACAUUAACGAUGCAAUAAAUACCUACAAACCACUAUUCAAUGCAACUAUCUGCAAUCAGCACAUAAAUGUAUCUCUAUAUCGACUGUCCCGUCACAUCUGAUGUCAGAUCAAAGGGGAUUGGCACCGUUUGGCACGCGUAAUGGAAACCCAACCUGAUUUGAUUAACACAGCUGCAAACUAAUGAGUUCACAUCCCUCUCAGCCAACCACAAACAGCCACAGCAUCAGAUAGGGAGUAUAUAUUCAGCAUCUGUCAUCUUAGAAAAGUCAAAAGAAAAGAAACAGAGUGAGACUGCGAGAGAGAAAGAGAGAGCGCGCGCGCACGAGAGAAACGCAACAUUGAUUUACAAUUGUGGUGACCUCCUCCCAGGCUACCUUUGCAUCAUCAGCCCGUGGAGGUCUGCUCGCAGUUCCGUAUAUUCGGACACUGCGAGCUUGGACCUCCCGGACCAAAACAUCAGUUUCCUCCUGGGAGAAGUUUGGCCGUCUGACGCUGCUGCUCUCUUCUGCCAUGGCGAAUUGAGUAAACUCUCAUUACGCCUUCGCGCGGCGCAUUUAAGGGCGAGGAGAGGGGCUCAUUUGAUUGGUGUGAUGUGUGUAAAACCCACUCCACGCCUUCUUUCCUCCCUCUUUCCGACUUGCGCCGGUAGGAGGGACGGAGGUGGGAUAGAGGAGUAGCUGCGCCAGGCACACGGUGUGCCAAACUUACAAAAUCCGCCUGGCCACACCCAGUUGGCGAAGCGCAGGUGUGCUGCGCCCCCGCCUCGCCCGGUCUGCAAAACUAGAGCCCCUGUGUCUGAGCUCUCACCUUUCAUCUGAAAUAGACUCUGAAAUGACUCUGUUCUAACUCUUAUUAUUCUGUUUUUAUCACUUUAUUAAAUUACACAAAAGAC